AUGGAUCGUCAUCACGAAUUGUUGCAAACUGACGAAGUGUACGCUAAUUGUAUAGAUAUGAUACAAAAUUCAGUCAUAAGAAUCCGACAAGAAAUUGUCCCAAUUAAAAAGUUCAUCGGUGAUCGUAAAAAGGAAAUCAUUAAGUUCAGGUUUGCUAAUAAAUCCGAGCAGUACACGUUAGGAUGUACACGAGCCUUCUACGAGUACACGUUGAAGGAAUUGAUGAGCAUGGAAGAAGCAUGCGAGGAGUGCAUUCUAAAGUUAAAGACUGAUUUAUUAACUGCAACGAGGGAUCGCAUGCAACCACCGUCCUACAUGUCCAGCAAGGAAAUGAACAGAAGCUACGAAAUAUGUUGCGACGCAUUUAACCAGCCUAACGACAAAGUGUCCUGCUAUACUUGGGAAAAUAUACCCGAGUGGAAACUCGAGGACACUCGAAAUAUCAUAUUGAAACCACGAGAGCCCAUGAGGACUGAGUUCGACGAGUCCGAUUUGAAGUUCAAACACGAAAUGGUCUACCUUAGGUCGAAAAUGUUCUCUUUACCGAAAAAACGAAUUAACUCAAGUGGUAAUGAAAUCAUUUCCGACUCGAUCGACGGUCACGAAGACCCAUCAGCCGUCAAGCUUUCCUUGCAUCCAAAAGGUUUCAUGAAAGUCCUGAACAGAAAAGAGUUAGUACAUCGUUCUAUCCUAGAGGAAUUAUCCAAGGUGGGAAGCUUGAAAUUCGUCGACGGCCAUCACAAGAAUUCCGACGUUUGGUUGAAGAUAUUGGACGUUUAUGGGAAUCAAUACGGAUCGAGAUGGAGUUUAGUUGUUCGACCUCAAAUAGAACGUAUAAUAAAGAGACGUAUGAUACCGGUGCUACAUCUGAAAUCGCGUGAAACUUUCAAUUUUCUAUCGAGCAUCGAGGGAAAUGAAACGGACAUUGUAUUGGAGAGGCAAGAUUUAAUCGAUCUGUUAGAAAAUAAAAAGGAAGCCCUUUGGCUGGAAAGCUGGGAAUUGCAAUUUCGUAUGAUCGAAGGGGAGCAUAUAGCUGCGACCCUGAUACAAGCCCGAUGGCGUGGUUACGUGCUACGCAAAAUGAAACGAGAAUCAGAUCGCCUCUACAUAGCAGCAAGUUACCUAUGGUUCACCUGGAUGAACCUGAAGCAAAAAAAGGAGAUCCAUAAACGUUACUUGGAAAAGAUGUUGAUCUCUUUACAAACCACACGAGAACUUUCCUUAAAAUUGAGCAAAGAAUUUGAUUCCAUGAUCUUAGAACCCCAUGUGGUCAUCCACUUACCAUCCAUAGGGAAUCCUUUGGAGGUGCGUCAGUGUUUCGAUCCGAUAACCUUCCGAAUUGUACAAAAUAUAUCGAGCUUAAGAAUAUCCAUGGUUCGUAACCCAAAAACAGAAAUAAUUUACAUUCUACCGGUGAAACCCACAGAAGACCUGUUAAUGAUGUACAGCGACUUCAUCGAAUCGAUGUCUCCCUCUGAAGAUGUUGCUAAAAGAAUCACAUUCAUAGCUCUGUCUCAGUUAGAAACCUUCAAGCAUCGUUCCAUAAACACAUCCAGAAUCCUUCAUUGUUCUGAAGAUACUUUGGAAGAGAUCAGAAGAAAGAUAGCCGGGAAAUCAGCUUACUUCUUACCCUGGCACGUUGACGAAUGCGAUAUGAGGCUAGCUGGCAGUCUGGGCAUCCCUCUGUUGAGCCCUGACAUGGAACUGCAACGUACGAUGUUGAAUUCAUCAAAAAUGACCGAGAUGAUCGAGAAACUUGGACUACUUCAGCCUAUACACGCUAGGGACAUAAAGGAUUAUAAAACUCUUUGCUCGACGAUGGCUGAUUUCAUUGUUCGCCACACGGAGGUCUGCAUAUGGUUGAUCAAAUUGAAUUACGCGAUUCUCGACAAGCAUUCUGGGAUAUUUUUAAUUAAUCAUAUAAGUGUACCGUUUAUGCCAUUGUUGAGGAAGGAAAGGGAGAAACAUGGUGACGCUUGGAUGGAGAGUCCCAGUCUGAGGGAGGAGUUUCAUAAGAAAUUAAUGGUACAUCUACCGAAGGUUGUUUCCUAUGUCACGCGACUGAUGAAAUCCUAUAAAUCUUGGAAAGAGUUCUAUAUACAAAUUCAAAAGUAUGGGUGCUUGCUGCAAGCGAUUCCUAUGGAGAAAGAUUCGAACACCAUCUCGGUAUCGCUAUUCCUUUCUGGGAGAGCCACUGGGAAGCUGCCUAGGUGGAUUGGAACUGCUGAUAAGUUAAAUAUGGGUAUAUUAUUAAGAAAUUUAAACCAUGUUGGAAUUACAAUCCUUAAAUUUUUAAACCGAGCAUCCUUGAAUUAUUUAAAAAUUUACUGUCUGAUACUUUAUUGAUUUUUCAUGACAGGUUUAGAAGUAAUUUCGACCUUCAUGUACAUGGUGCCACAAAGUUCGUUGGACAUCAAGAAACUAGAAAGCAGCGUUAAUAAAUUUGCAAUGGGAAUACAGGACGAGGGUUAUUUUGGUUAUUUAACCGUAGAUUGUUAUUGCUACACUAACAAGUUUGAUGAUAAAUUCGUGGUUUUGAUGCAAAAUGUGCGUCCAUGUUAUUCUUUUGUGCAAAGUUACAUUGAUUGGAUGAAAUUUGCGAUUGGAGGAGCAUACAACUCCCAGACAAAUCAGUUCAUCGCUGACGUACCUGUAAUCCCAGAUUCUCAAAGAAGAAAAUCCUCAAUUUUAUAUCCACAUAAAUCGCCUGAAUGGAAUGAAACCAAAGAAAGAUGUGGCGUCAUAAUUGGACUAUUAUACGAUACAAGAUUCUCUGGUUAUCGAUGGUACCAACUUAGAAAUAUUUUCGAACAAUGUAAUAUCACGUUCGAUGCAAAAAAGAAGCAAGGUUCCAGUAUAAUAUUACACGACGACGAAAGUCGAAAUUUCGGUCUGAUGAUGGCUGCUAGUCCUAGCAUGGCAGUCACAUUAUCUACGCUACAUAAUCGUUUGGCAAAAUUAAACGAAGCACUUGCUACGAAAUCAAAGAGGAAAUAUGAGUCGAAUUUACCGUCGCUUAUUGAUUUCUUUGGUCGUUUGGCUGUUGAUUAUGAAAAUUUAGCUCUCGAUGAGUGCAUACCCGCUAUAUAAA